AUGGCACCUCCUAAUGUGCCUAUCCUCAAUGUUUUCUGGUCCGAGAGUUCAGAACAAUACUUUGAUUUGUCUGAUGGAAGGUUUAGUGUCAAAGGUGUUUCUUUACUCUCUGAAGUUCCAAACAAUGUCACCUUUAGUCCCUUUUGUUCAAUCUGCCAAUCUUCUUCUGAUGUUCCAACUCAUCUGCUCAACCGUGUCAAUGCUUUGUCCCACAAGGCAGGGUUCCUUGGUUUCAACAAGGAGGAUUCUUCUGAUAAGUUGAUAAACUCAUUGGGAAAAUUCGAUAACAGAGAUUUCCUUAGUAUCUUUAGGUUCAAAACAUGGUGGUCUACUAUGUGGGUUGGGAAUUCUGGGUCAGAUUUGCAAAUGGAAACCCAAUGGCUGCUCCUAAAUGUCCCGGAAAUCAAUUCCUAUGUCAUAAUCAUACCCAUCAUCCAAGGCAGUUUUAGAUCUGCUUUUCAACCUGGUACUGAUGGUCAUGUCAUGAUCUUUGCUGAGAGUGGUUCUACCCAAGUGAAAGCGUCGAAUUUUGAUGCCAUUGCUUAUGUUCAUGUGUCUGACAAUCCCUACACCUUGAUGAAAGAGGCCUACAGUGCUCUCAGGGUCCAUCUCAAUACCUUUAGGCUCCUGGAAGAAAAAGCUGCACCAAAUCUAGUUGACAAAUUUGGUUGGUGCACUUGGGAUGCCUUCUACUUAACUGUGGAACCUGUUGGUGUCUCCCAUGGUGUAAAUGAAUUCUUUGAGGCUGGUGUACCCCCAAGGUUUCUUAUCAUUGAUGAUGGUUGGCAAAGCAUUAAUUUCGAUGGUGAUGAGAACCCGAAUGAGGACGCAAAAAAUCUAGUCAUUGGUGGGACUCAAAUGACUGCUAGGCUUCACAGGCUUGAGGAGUGUGACAAGUUCAAAAACUACGAAGGUGGAUCCUUGUUGGGUACUCAUGCACCUUCAUUUGAUCCGAAAAGGCCAAAGAUGUUGAUAUCCAAGGCAAUCGAGUUAGAGAAUGUCGAAAAAGCUCGUGAUAAGGCCAUUCAAUCUGGAAUCAAUGAUUUGUCCGAGUUCCAAAGACAAAUGGAGAAGCACAAACAGGAGUUGGAUAUGAUAAUUCGUGGUGGAGAACAAAGCAACACUGCUAGUCCUGCUUCUGAAGAAGGAAGCUGUUCUUGCAAGGCUAAAAAAUACGGAAUGAAGGCUUUCACAAGCGACUUGAGAACCAAAUUCAAGAGUUUGGAUGAUAUUUAUGUUUGGCAUGCUCUUUGUGGUGCCUGGGGCGGUGUUAAACCAAGUGCAACUCAUCUCAAUUCAAAGAUCAUCCCCUGCAAAGUCUCUCCAGGACUAGAUGGUUCCAUGUCUGACCUAGCUGUGGUGAAACUAGUUGAGGGUGGGAUUGGACUUGUGCAUCCUGAUCAAGCUGUUGAUUUCUAUGAUUCUAUGCACUCUUAUCUUUCUGAAGCUGGUAUCACAGGAGUCAAAGUGGAUGUCAUUCAUACUCUUGAAUAUGUAUCUGAGGAAUUCGGAGGCCGCAUAGAACUUGCAAAGGCUUAUUACAAGGGAUUGACUUCUUCCCUAGUGAAGAACUUCAAUGGAAAUGGACUUAUUGCUAGCAUGCAACAGUGCAAUGAUUUCUUCUUCCUUGGAACAAAACAAAUCUCUAUUGGAAGAGUUGGUGAUGAUUUUUGGUUUCAGGAUCCAAAUGGAGACCCCAUGGGAGUUUACUGGCUACAAGGUGUCCAUAUGAUCCAUUGUGCCUACAACAGCAUGUGGAUGGGUCAGGUCAUUCAGCCUGAUUGGGAUAUGUUCCAGUCAGAUCAUCUGUGUGCCAAAUUUCAUGCCGGAUCUAGGGCUAUCUGCGGAGGUCCGGUGUAUAUAAGUGACUCGGUUGGUGGUCACAAUUUUGAUCUUAUUAAGCAGCUUGUUUACCCAGAUGGUACCAUCCCCAAGUGCCAGCAUUUUGCUCUUCCAACUAGAGACUGCCUAUUCAAGAACCCCUUAUUUGACAGCAAAACUGCUCUCAAAAUUUGGAACUUCAACAAGUUUGGUGGUGUGGUUGGAGCUUUCAACUGCCAAGGGGCUGGUUGGGACCCAAAAGAACAAAGAAUCAAAGGGUACUCCCAGUGCUACAAGGAAAUCCUCUGUUCAGUGCAUGUUUCUGAGAUUGAAUGGGACCAAAAGAUGGAAGCCGCCCAUUUGGGUAAGGCCGAAGAGUAUGUGGUCUAUCUCAACCAGGCUGAUGAACUCUUCCAAAUGACCCCCAAAUCUGACCCCAUUCAAAUGGUGAUCCAACCAUCUUCGUUCGAGAUUUUCAGCUUUGUACCAGUACAACAGCUCGGCUCCGGCAGCACCAAGUUUGCGCCGAUUGGACUGACAAACAUGUUCAACAGUGGAGGAACUGUCCAAGAGCUGGAGUAUACCAGUGGCAUGGAAUCUUAUAGUGCUAAGAUUAAGGUGAAAGGUGGAGGCAACUUCUUGGCCUACUCAAGUCAGUCUCCCAAGAAGUGUUGUUUGAAUGGCGAUAUGGUAACUUUUGAGUGGUCUGCCUCUGGUAAACUGUCCCUGAAUCUUCCUUGGGUUGAAGAAGCUGCUGGAGUUUCUGAAGUGGUUCUUGUGUUUUAA